GCCGCGCGCCCACCAUGGCCGCCCAGGGCGAGCCCGGCUACCUGGCGGCGCAGUCGGACCCGGGCUCCAACAGUGAGCGCAGCACCGACUCGCCCAUGCCCGGCUCCGAGGACGACCUGGUCGCCGGCGCGCCCCUGCACAGCCCCGAGUGGAGCGAGGAGCGCUUCCGCGUGGACAGGAAGAAACUUGAGGCCAUGUUACAAGCUGCUGCUGAAGGAAAGGGAAGAAGUGGGGAAGACUUUUUUCAGAAGAUCAUGGAGGAGACAAACACGCAGAUUGCUUGGCCAUCGAAACUGAAGAUUGGCGCCAAAUCCAAGAAAGAUCCCCAUAUAAAGGUUUCUGGAAAGAAGGAAGAUGUUAAAGAAGCCAAGGAAAUGAUCAUGUCUGUCUUAGACACAAAAAGCAAUCGGGUUACCUUGAAGAUGGAUGUCUCACAUACAGAACACUCACAUGUGAUCGGCAAGGGUGGCAAUAAUAUUAAAAAGGUCAUGGAGGAAACAGGAUGCCACAUCCACUUUCCAGAUUCCAACAGAAAUAACCAAGCGGAAAAAAGCAACCAGGUAUCUAUAGCAGGACAACCAGCAGGAGUAGAAUCUGCCCGAGUUAGAAUUCGGGAGCUGCUUCCUUUGGUGCUGAUGUUCGAGUUACCAAUUGCUGGAAUUCUUCAACCAGUUCCUGAUCCUAAUUCCCCUUCCAUUCAGCACAUAUCACAGACGUACAACAUUUCAGUAUCAUUUAAACAGCGUUCCCGAAUGUAUGGUGCUACUGUCAUAGUACGAGGAUCUCAGAAUAACACUAGCGCUGUGAAGGAAGGAACCGCCAUGCUGUUAGAACACCUUGCCGGGAGCUUGGCGUCAGCUAUUCCUGUGAGCACACAGCUAGAUAUUGCAGCUCAGCAUCAUCUCUUCAUGAUGGGUCGGAAUGGGAGCAACAUCAAACAUAUCAUGCAGAGAACAGGUGCUCAGAUCCACUUUCCCGAUCCCAGCAAUCCACAGAAGAAAUCCACCGUCUACCUCCAGGGCACCAUCGAGUCUGUCUGUCUUGCAAGGCAGUAUCUCAUGGGUUGUCUCCCUCUUGUGUUGAUGUUUGACAUGAAGGAGGAAAUCGAAGUCGACCCGCAGUUCAUUGCUCAGUUGAUGGAACAGCUCGAUGUCUUCAUCAGUAUUAAGCCAAAGCCAAAGCAGCCAAGCAAGUCUGUGAUUGUGAAAAGUGUUGAGCGAAAUGCCUUAAAUAUGUAUGAAGCACGGAAAUGUCUCCUCGGACUUGAAAGCAGUGGGGUUACCAUAGCAACCAGUCCAUCCUCAGCAUCCUGCCCUGCCGGCCUGGCAUGUCCCAGCCUGGAUAUCUUAGCUUCCGCAGGCCUCGGACUCACUGGACUAGGUCUCUUGGGACCCACUACCUUAUCUCUAAACACUUCAACAGCUCCAAAUUCACUCUUGAAUGCGCUCAAUAGCUCAGUCAGCCCUUUGCAAAGUCCAAGUUCGGGCACCCCCAGUCCCACAUUAUGGGCACCUCCACUUGCUAAUACUUCGAGUGCCACAGGUUUUUCUGCUAUACCACACCUUAUGAUUCCAUCUACCGCCCAAGCCACGCUAACCAAUAUUUUAUUGUCUGGAGUACCAACCUAUGGGCACACAGCUCCAUCUCCCCCUCCCGGCUUGACUCCUGUUGAUGUCCAUAUCAACAGCAUGCAGACUGAAGGCAAAAAAAUCUCUGCUUCUUUAAAUGGACAUGCACAGUCUCUGAAUAUAAAAUAUGGUGCAAUAUCCACUGCAUCACUUGGAGAAAAAGUGCUCAGUGCAAAUCAUAGUGAUCCAUCAAUCCAGACAACUGGGUCUGAGCAGGCUUCUUCCCAGUCAAACCCUGCAGAAGGUUGUAACGAUGCGUUCGUUGAAGUGGGCAUGCCUCGAAGUCCCUCUCAUUCUGGGAAUGCUGGGGACUUGAAGCAGAUGAUGGGUCCCUCCAAGGUUUCUUGUGCCAAGAGGCAGACAGUGGAACUACUGCAGGGCACCAAAAACUCACACUUACACAGUGCAGACAGAUUGCUCUCAGACCCUGAGCUGAAUGCUGCAGAAAGCCCUUUGGCUGACAAGAAGGCUCCAGGCAGUGAGCGAGCUGCAGAGAGGGCAGCAGCCGCCCAGCAGAACUCGGAGAGGGCCCGCCUUGCCCCACGGCCAUCGUACGUCAACAUGCAGGCAUUUGACUAUGAACAGAAGAAGUUACUAGCAACCAAAGCAAUGUUAAAAAAACCAGUUGUGACAGAGGUCAGAACACCCACAAAUACCUGGAGUGGCCUGGGGUUUUCAAAAUCUAUGCCAGCUGAGACCAUCAAGGAGCUGAGAAGAGCUAAUCACGUGUCCUAUAAGCCCACGAUGACAACCACUUACGAGGGCUCCUCGGUGUCUCUGUCACGGUCCAACAGUCGUGAGCACUUGGGAAGUGGAAGCGAAUCUGAGAACUGGAGAGACCGAAAUGGAGUAGGACCUGCAAGUCAUAAUGAAUUUGCAGCCUCCAUUGGCAGCCCCAAGCGGAAACAAAACAAAUCAACGGAACACUAUCUCAGCAGUAGCAAUUACAUGGACUGCAUUUCCUCGCUGACAGGAAGCAAUGGCUGUAACCUGAACAGCUCUUUCAAAGGCUCUGACCUCCCUGAGCUCUUCAGCAAGCUGGGCCUGGGCAAAUACACAGACGUCUUCCAGCAACAAGAGAUCGAUCUUCAGACAUUUCUCACUCUAACAGAUCAGGAUCUCAAAGAGCUGGGGAUUACUACUUUUGGUGCCAGAAGGAAAAUGCUGCUUGCAAUCUCAGAACUAAAUAAAAACCGAAGAAAGCUUUUUGAACCGCCAAAUGCACGCACCUCUUUCUUGGAAGGUGGAGCAAGCGGGAGGCUACCCCGUCAGUAUCACUCAGAUGUUGCCAGUGUCAGUGACCGCUGGUAGCAGUGCCCUGGAGGCACACGCCCUUCACCUAGCUGUAAUGCUGGACACAGAGAUCUGGGAACAGCCUUCGCCGCACACCACCCUCAGCACUCGGGGUGUCUGGUGUCAGGACCAAAGCAUCUUACUCGCACCUGUACUUUGUGGCAGACAUUGAGAGAGACACGAUUCUUACGUUGUCACACAAAACACCAAGUGUGGAUGAUUUUUUGUAAAUGACAGUUGGACAGAAUUUGCAAUAUGAGGAAAGGGCUUUAUCUCUUGUUUUUAUUUACUUUAUAACAUAUGCACUGAUUUUUUUUUUUUUUUUUUUUUUUUUUUUACUUACAAUGAAGGAUAAAUUGACAUCUGGGAUGCCAGAAAACUUAGAAGUUAUUUUGUUUGCUUAUUUUGUAUUGGUAUUUGGGGGUUUAAAAAAAAUCAAAGUGGGAUUUCCUGGUACUGCUUUAAAAUAAUUAUUGAGGUAUCUCAGCACUUUACACAGUUCUGAUUUCUUGUCCUGUGGAAAUUCUCUUUUUCUCCCUCUCAUUUUCAUGUCACCUGAUGUAUUGGUACAAAUCAGAUUUAGCCAUUUUUCUGACUGCCUCAAAUUUUUAUUUGAAAUGGUACUGGAUAUUAGCUUUUGUGCAGAAUAUUCUGUGACUUUGGGAAAUGUGAGUCCAAUUGAUUCUGGACCAACUCUGUUCAUUUAUGUCAGUAUCCUAGGAACACUUAUUCAUGAACCUAGUUUGUGGUAACAGGUGCAAAGAAAGACCAAAUGGACUUUGCAAUAUUAACCCUUUGCAGUCAUCAUAUUUAGCUGCUGCCUAUAUUGCUAAAAUGAUUUUUAAUAGUUGUCUGAAGGCAAAGGGCUGGGUUUUGUUUUUUUUUAGUAUACUGCCACUGAAGGACAUUUAUUUAUAUCAAACUUUUAUUUUUAGAUAUUAUAAACACAGUACUUAAUUGAUGAAAUUGCUAUUUACUAGAGAUUUAUGGUAGAGAAUGAACGGCAUUCAAUAACUGGAGCCCUAGAUUGUCACUUUAUUUAAAAAGACAGAUAAUCACCCGACAAGACGGCACUGUUGCCAUCAUGGAGAGAAGGAGAUCACCUUCCUUACAGGUGCACCUUGGCCAUGCUCCGUGUGUUCACAGGGCUUGCCUAAAACCUUGGCGGUCUGCUUAAAGGAGACUGUGUCUGUUAAGAAUGCAAAGCUUUACAUUUCCAGAGUGACAGUUUAUGAAGAUAACUGAGUUCUGAAAGGGAAAAAAAAAAAGGACUAUUUUUAAGUGGCUAGAUUUCCUUGUUAGAAUCCUAAACUGUGAAAGUCCAAGAGACUGGGCAAAGUUGUUGCCUGAAUCUUUUCAGACAUCUUAUUGUGGAUUUGUAAAGGGUUUUCAUCCAUGAAGAAAAAUCACUUAAGUGCCUUUCUUCAUUCAAAGCAAUAUUAUUUCCAAGUAUAUUAAUUUACUGGAAGACUUUCCCAUAGGAAAUGUUGUCCAUUAUCUGUACUGUAACGACUUAUUUAUGUUCCGUAUUCAAGGCUUUCUACGUGGCUAUAAAGCACUCUCACUUGUUCUCGGCAGAAGGCAUUCAAUAGGUAUACACAACAAUUGGGGGCUUUUAUAUAAAAGCGGGAUGAGAAAUGCUUGCCUAACAUGUUUCCUUGGCUAUGUUUUGUCAUUAAGAACAGCAGUUGAAGAGACAUCUUACACACUGCAGAAUUUUCACUUUAAAAAAUAACAUUGGUUACCCCAAAAGCAAUGAGCCUGCCAUAAAAUUAUCACUGAUGACUGGCACUAAGGGGCUGGCCCACUCCUGUGCUCAGCCUUGUCUGCUGGUGGACCUAGAUCUCCUACAAUGGAAUUGUCCUGUGCACAUAUCUCCAGAGGAUAAUGUGGCACUCCCUGGUUUAUUUGAUUGUGGAACGUGUCAUGCUUUGUCCUCAGCACAGGUAACAAUUCCAGAUUUGUUUCCUAUUCAGCAACUCAGUGCUUUUCAUUUUAUUGUUUUUUAAUAAGACCCUGAUGAUAGAACAAUGAAUUGUUUGGAGCCCUUUCCCCUGGCUCUCUACCUUGUAUGUGCAACUGGAGGAGGAGGAGGAAUGUCUGCAGUACUAAGCUGACACAGGUUUUAGGAACAGUGCUUUGAUAUCGUGCCAAAGAGAAAACUGUCCGACUUAAACUAAAUUAACUGGGGUGGCUAAAAAUAAAAAACACUGGAAAUUAUUUUUCUCAUUUUCUCUUGAUGGGAUGAAGGGAAUGACACUACAGUAUACAGAGUUAUCGGUGUUAUGUGAUGCACAGAAUAUUUGGAUUAUUUGAAUAAUGUUAACUUUUAAUCAAUCUGCGCCUUAAUAGUGACUGGUUAUCUGUAAAUAUCGAACAGAUACAGAUUGUAUUUUUGUGUGGGUUUUUGUCCUUUUAGUGACUUUUUUAAAAAAUGAGAGAUGGAAUUAACAUUGAAAAUGGGAAUCUUUCUAAACUAAUCAAUUGUUAAAUGCAAAAUAAAUUUAUAUAACCCCUUUGUA